AGAUAGAUAGAUAGAUAGAUAGAUAGAUAGAUAGAUAGAUAGAUAGAUAGAUAGAUAGAUAGAUAGAUAGAUAGAUAGAUAGAUAGAUAGAUAGAUAGAUAGAUAGAUAGAUAGAUAUGCUGCCCAUACCAUAUUUCUUUACAGCAAUGUUUUUAUUCACUGUGCAUGGGGAGCAGAUAACUUACACCCAUUAUCUUUAUUAAAUUCUCAAAUUAUUAAAUUAGUACUUGCAGUUUCUAUAAAUGAAAUUGACAUUAAUACUUAAUGUAGUAAAAAAGUGAUUAGACAAGGUGAUUUUAAAGUUAUUAUCCUAAUUAAACAGGAGCUCAAAUUUUAGUAAUGUAAGCUGGAAACUUGAAGUCCAGCAGCUUCAGCACCACAGAGAUUGUGAACUGUAUGUUCACUCCAAAAAAAAAGGACAUGUUCAUUUUUACACAGUCUUUGUGUUGUUAGCUACACAUUAUGUGUUAUUUUGUGUUAAAAUGAAUUAAAGGAACAACACAAGUUGUGUUAAAAGUAAUGCAAAAUGUGUUUAAUCACACAAUCGUACUUAGAGUGUUUAAAAUAAAUCGGCUAUUUUACAUAUUAUACCAACUGUAUCCAUUAGUUUAUAAAUGUUACAUUUAGUUGUACAUAAAGUACAUCAAGUUAUGUUCCUGAUAUAUGACGAAUGUAAGAUGAAGAAAUCAUUGGAUUGGGUUAGCUGUAUCAGUCAUUUUGAUAAGCAUGACAAUAUUUCAUAUGAUCCAUAACCAUAAAUGACAGUCCAUGAUACUAAUAGCUAUAAUCAUCAUCAUCAGAUUUUUUAUCAUCCUUGGGAAAUCUAAUUAGGCAUAAUUUAUUAAAUCUACAUGAAAUCCCACCUGAAUUUUAAGUUUGAACCCCUUUAACACUUUAUAAUAAUUUAUUUUGAUGACACAGCUGUAUGGGUCUAAAUGAUUAACAAGGAAGUAGAUUUAAAUUCAUUAAAUCUUCCAAAUGAAACAAAUCAGUGCUUGAUGAUAUCUCCAUGACAUUUUAACCAUUAUUAAAUUUAUAUUGGCCAAUAAUGUCAUUAAUAAAAGAGUCUCGAACUGGUUACCCCAACAUUUCAAUGAAUAUGCAGAAUAAAGGUACCCUGUCCACGCGCAGAGCUCGGGUGCCCGCUGCAGGCAGGGCGCGGUAAGACAGCACGCGCAACGCACGCCGAGCGUCAUACACGAGAACGCGAAGGAUUUUCCCGCUGCAGCAAACCCCAAAUUAGAGAGAGGUGCAGGGAAUGCAUUUGUUUGUCAGGUUUCUGUCCUGUUUUGACAACAAAGAGUCCGGGCACUUUGUGAUGAGAUGAAAAAAGUAAUCCAAAAUAAAAACUGAGAGUUUGGAGAAUGAUGGAGCUGAAGUUGAAUAAGAUGCGACCGUAAACAGGAGUCGAAGAUGAAACGGUCCGAAAACGAGAGAGAAAAAGAGAGAGAGGAAGAGCGCGCACGGAUGCGAGCGCGCUCCCGGUGCGGCACUCGGCGCGCUUAACAGCUCGUGCCCCCUUCAUCCCAACCCUCUCUGCCGACACCACCGACGCCAACGCUGUCUCUCCAAUCUCUGCCUCUCCCUCCCCGCUCGCGUCUCUUAAAGCUCAUUUCCGUGACGAUCUGAAGCUUUUUCCCCGGCACCAUGAGAGAUGCCAGAAGCGCAGCAGCGGGACGAACGGAACCGAGCCGCUCAUAUCGGAACUGAGCUGCAAUUCUCUCUGGCUUCAGCCCUGACCUGAUCCUGCAUCAGAAGAAACCCUGUUUGAAAAGGAGAUUUAAUUCUAAUCCAUUGGUCUUCAUCUUCUCUCUUCUUGAUCUAUGUGAGAGAAAGGGAGAGAGAGAGAGGGGGGAGAGAGUGAGAGCGCGCGCACCGGAGACGGAGGUGGAGAGGGAGAUAUCCAACAGUCUUUAAACUCAUCUUAUUUCGCAUGCUCAGCUGAAGAAAGUCAGCGGUCGGAGGCAGCCAGGGACCACCCGUCUCCAAACCCGCUGGAGAUGUAAAGUUGGACACCAAUAAAACCGAUGCUGUGAAGUGGCUCUCAGCCUUAACUUCAUCAGGACUCGUCGGAAGGAUGCUGUGGUUUACCCUGCUGAGCACAAUAGCUUUAGGAUGGACUACGCCGAUCCCUCUGUUGGACGAGUCGGAAGAAAUCGACGAGCCCUGUUUUGACCCUUGCUACUGUGAAGUCAAGGAGGGGAUUUUCCACGUCCACUGCGACAGCAAAGGAUUUACAAACGUCAGUCAGAUUUCUCAGACAUGGACGAGGCCCUUUAAACUCAAUCUGCAGAGGAACUCCAUGCGCAAGCUUUAUUUUAACAGCUUUUUGCACCUCAACAACGCUGUGGCUCUCAAUCUGGGAAACAACGCGCUCCAGGACAUACACGCGGGAGCCUUCAACGGGCUGAGCAUCUUGAAAAAGCUCUUUCUGCACGAAAACAAACUGGAGGUGUUCAGGAAUGACACCUUCAUGGGGCUGGAAAGCCUCGAGUAUCUUCAGGCGGAUUACAAUGUCAUUAAGAGGAUAGAAAGCGGGGCGUUUCGGAACCUGCACAAACUCAGAGUACUCAUUUUGAACGACAAUUUGAUACCAGUGCUACCCAAUUUAUUAUUCAGGUCCGUGUCCCUGACGCAUCUGGACUUACGCGGCAACCGCUUAAAAAUCCUUCCCUACAAAGGGACAUUGGAGUACAUCGGGCGCAGCUUGAUGGAGAUCCAGCUGGAGGAGAACCCAUGGAACUGUGUGUGCGACAUUGUACAGCUCAAAACGUGGCUGGAGCGCAUACCUUAUACCGCGCUGGUGGGUGACAUUACGUGCGAAUACCCGUUUCAUUUGCACGGCAAGGACCUGCGCGAGAUCAAGAGGAGCGAACUUUGCCCAUUGCUUUCCGAAGCGGAGCUGGAGGCCAAGCAUGGCAUUCCCAGAUUGCCGUUUAAUAACGAGCAUGUCUGGCCCACCAAACCUUCGUCUAUGCUGUCAUCUUUUCAUAACACAGCCUCGUCGGUGGAGUACAGAGAGAGACACACAAAGCCAACCAAACGCCCUAGACCCACAAAAACAUCACCCACUCCUCGUAGCAUUUACCCAGGGCUGAAUCAGCCUCCAAUAGCAGGCUAUCAGACCAGACCCCCUAUACCAAUCAUUUGCCCGACGGGAUGCAUGUGCAAUUUACAUAUCAAUGACUUGGGCCUUACCGUCAGUUGCAAAGAAAAAGGCUUCCACAACAUUUCCGAACUCCUGCCACGACCGCUAAACGCCAAGAAACUCUACUUAAGUGGAAAUUUGAUUCAGAAAAUUUACAGGUCGGAUUUUUGGAACUUUUCCAGCUUGGAUUUAUUGCACUUGGGUAACAAUCGGAUAUCAUACGUUCAGGAAGGAGCCUUUAUGAAUCUGCCCAACUUGAAAAGUUUAUACUUGAAUGGCAAUGACAUUGAAAGGCUCAGCCCGGGAAUGUUUCGCGGCCUGCAAGCGCUAAACUACCUGUACUUCGAGUACAACGUCAUUCGAGAGAUCCAGCCGGCCGCUUUCAGCCUCAUGCCAAACUUGCAGCUGGUUUUUCUUAAUGACAACCUGCUGCGCACUCUGCCCGUGGAUGCGUUCGCGGGCACCUCCCUCUCCAGGCUCAACCUGCGCAACAACUACUUCCUGUAUCUGCCCGUCAGCGGGGUGUUGGAGCAUCUCCACUCCAUCGUUCAGAUCGACCUUCAUCAGAACCCUUGGGACUGCUCGUGCGACAUCAUCCCACUCAAACAGUGGAUCGAAAAACUCAGCUCCGUAAUCGUUGUGGGGGAAGUCAUCUGCAAGACCCCAGAUUUCGCCCUUGGUAAGGAUCUACGCACACUGGAGGCCGAGGUCAUCUGUCCCGAGCUGAAAUUCACCGCGUCUUCUCCCGUUCUCCCUAAUGACAUAACAGCGACCAGCGGCUCUGAAUUGGGAUACGCGCCGGGCACGGGAGCUGUCCCCCUGUCGGUGCUGAUUCUCAGCCUGCUUGUGCUCUUCAUCUCCGCCGUGUUCGUGGCCGCUGGUCUGUUUGCGUUCGUUUUGCGCAGGAGAAAGAAACUUCCAUUCAGGAAGCGACACGAGGUGGACCUGACGGGUAUUCAGAUGCAGUGCAAGAUAUUUGAAGAACGACAGAGCGCGUCGCCCGAAAAACCGCCCGGUCACGUUUACGACUACAUACCCCAUCCCGUGACGCAAAUGUGCAACAACCCCAUCUACAAACCACGCGAGGGAGAGAUCGAGGGCGAGCAGUUUGCAGAAACCAAGGAAAAUAGCAACUAUCGAACACUUUUGGAGAAAGAGAAGGAGUGGACGAUGGCCCUGUCCAAUUCUCAACUCAACACCAUCGUCACCGUUAAUCAGUCCGGUGACAUGGCGAGCUUUCACGAGAACGGAGUGCUUUGCCCCACCGUGAUUGACAGUCAGAGACCCACCCCGACGGUGGGCUUUGUAGACUGCCUGUAUAGCACCGUUCCCAAAUUAAGGGACAUGCACGUUGCGCACUCACACCCGCCCGGGAUGCAAUAUCCCGAUUUACAGCAAGACGCCAGAUUAAAGGAAACAUUACUUUUCACAACGGGGAAAGGAUUCCCCGAGCAAACCCAAAGUGAAUACCUCGAGUUAAGGGCCAAACUCCAAACCAAGCCGGAUUACCUCGAAGUCUUGGAGAAAUCGUAUAGAUUCUAAUAGAAUUCGAAGUUAGCUCACUUUCACCCUUUUCAACAUGCCCAAAAAUAUCAAAAAAUAAGCAUGGCAAAAUAUAUGUAUCACACACGCGCGCGCGCACACAAAUUUUCCCCAAGUCGCUUUGGAGGAAAGGCCAUAACUCAGAUUUUUCAAUGAAGUGCCUUUUUUCAGAGUAGCCAGCAAUGUUACCACCCAUUAUUUUUGUACGGAACAGAUUUGUUGUGGGGCGUAAUGAUCAAAAUAUUAUUAAAAGAAGCCUUCGUGCGCCGGGGUUCGAGCCUGGCACACUUUGUAGAGUAUUUGCAGUUUGCUGCAUGCAUUCAGCUGCAAUGGAGGUUAUUGAUCGAGAACUCCACCUGCUAUAGAGAGACAUCUAUCCGUUCAGUGCUCUAUUUAAUUUUUAUAACGAGAGACAUCAGAGUUAUAUCUCAAGGACGCACUCGAGCAUCAAUAUUUGUGAAUAUAUAGUGACACUUCAAGAUUUUAUGGAGUUCAACGCACUUUCUUAAGAAAAAUGCUUCUGGAUACGAUCACUAAUGGCUUUUUAAGAAGCACUUUUAAUGUUUUCUCUCUCUAUCUCUCUCCUUCUCCUCACGAAGAUUUGACAAAGUUAAAAAUGUGCAUAUAUUUAUUCUGUAAUUUCAGUGAAAGAAUUAAUUGUAAAGGUAAUGUUAAAUCAAUGUAUAGUGAUUAUGCGUCUGGUAUAGCCUUCUUAAUAAAAACACAAAGUCUUAAAUCAAAUAAAAAGGGUACCAAUGCAUACUGUUUGUGAGAAAUACACUUUUAAAAAAUGACGCACAUUCACUGCUGCUAAACGAGUCAAUCUGAUGUCCCUGCCUAUAAAUGUGUCAUCGAGUGUCACAAGAAAAGGAGAUCAUGGAUUAGAUAUGAAUCGUGCUGUAAGGUAUGUUUUUCUAUCUGCCAGUAUCUCUCGACUGCAUUACACAACCUUUGAGAAUAUUUAAUGCAGUGUCACUAUUACAAGUGUCCACAAGAGGGAGAUCUAGAGACACCCUCGCCAUCUGUGAAUGGGCAUCAAUGGUUUGAUUAUUUAACACAAGAGCCUAUUAAAAUUCAUUUUGUCAGGUAUUAUAUAUAUAUAUAUAUAACUUUGUGACAAUUAUAGCUUUUUCUAUAAAACUUCUCAUUAUGUGUGUGUGUGAGAGAGAGUGUGUGUGAUUGGAGUAAGUUUCAUUUUCUGUUGAUGCAUCACUCUAAAGAUAUAUUUAUGUGCUGUUUUUCUAUUCCCCGAUAACAACAAAGAUGGCUAUUUUUAAACUGAAUAUUUCAUGUCUGUUUGCCAAUGCCAUUUACCUUUAGCUUUAAAUGAAUACUAUUCAAAUAAAUGCAUAUAUUGGUAUACACUUUAUUUACUAUUAAAUGUAACUCCAGAGAGUUUUAUUCUGUUUUUGUUCAAUACUGUUUCAAAAUUUUACCCCCACCACCAUUUACUCGGCCUGGUUGUCAAUAUUGUAAUAAAUUCGGCUUGGUCCACAGUUAACAACA